GUUACUGUUGAGAGACGAAAGCAACGUGACUCUGAGAAUCUCUUUCACAGGCAGCGUCUCUGAAGAUCCACUCCUCUGUAUCCAUUGCAGCGAAGUAUUUUCAACCACUGCACUGAACAUGGAAGCUGACAAUUGGGGUGUGGCGGGAUCUGAAACAGAUGUCAUGACAUCCAGCAAUAAGUCACCUGAAGUUAAUAGCUGGACAGAUGUUAGAGAUGAUGAGAUUAUGCAGCAACAAUAUUCCAUUCGUGACGAGGAAGCUAAAAAAACUCCAUUUGUUGGUGACAAGGAGCUGCUUUCCUCAUUAGCUGCUGAGUACGAAUCUGGAAAUCCAAUUUUACUGGAAAAAGUCAAGAUCCUGGCUGAACAAUAUGAUGCAAUUAGGCGAACUCGUGGAGAUGGGAAUUGCUUCUUCCGUGGCUUCAUGUUUGCUUACCUGGAGCAUAUUAUGGAAUCACAAGACCAUGAUGAAGUUGCGCGCAUCACUGCAAAGAUAGAGGAAUCUAGAAAGAAACUUAUCAGCUUGGGCUAUAUCGACUUUACAUUUGAAGAUUAUUUGACGGUAACUCUCGAACUACUUCAAAGUGUGAUUUCUGGGAAUGAAGCUUCCAUAAGCCACGAUGAACUACUACAGAAAAGUCGAGAUCCGGUCAUAUCUGAUUCUGUUGUAAUGUUCUUCAGAUUCAUCACCUCCGGAGAACUGAAAACACGCUCGGACUUCUACGAACCAUUUGUUCAAGGAUUAACAAGUACCUCUGUACAGCAGUUCUGCAAGUCUUCAGUGGAGCCAAUGGGCGAAGAGAGCGAUCAUGUUCACAUUACUGCAUUAUCCGAUGCAUUGGGCAUCCCGAUGCGCAUAGUAUAUCUUGACAGAAGCUGCGACGAUAAAGGCAAUGCUGUGGUAAACCAUCAUGACUUCACUCCUGUCGUCGGCGGCGACGAGUCUGAUUCUACCAAUGCUGAUAGCGGUGGUGGCGCCACCGGGGAGGUGGUCAAGCCAUUCAUCACCUUGCUGUACCGACCUGGCCAUUACGACAUUCUCUAUCCGAAGUGACUUGUUUUCGGAUGGAAAAGUUGGUUCGUUCCAUUUCUUGGGACGACGCUGAUGACUGAACCUUCGAGGUAUGUUGCUCGAUUCUUCUUUACUUUGGCCUCGUCGUUAAAAAGUAAAAUUUGGGGACCUAAGAUAGAAGUUUGUGCACAGUUUGCGUAAUCGUAGUCGAAGUAAACUUCAGAGUUGUGGCGUUUUUUUGAAUAUGAAGAUAAAACUUUACGUAAUAUCAACAGCCCUGCUCUAUAGCUUGCAAAAUUAGGGUGCGUUUGUGUGGUGUUUUACACUUUUUACUUUUUACAUCAAUUAGGUCAGGAGUCUGUAAGUAAGUAGUUAUGAUAUAUUUGUAGAUUAUGUGUAAUGUUGAAAGAUAUAAAUUUUAAAAGAUUAUAAAAGUUAUUUGAUUAAAAUGAAAAGUACAUUCAAAUAAAAUAAAUAUAAAUUUGAUGGGACAAACAAAAUUUUAUUUUUUUUUAUAAAGAUUUAUAGUAAAGAAUUAAAAUUUAAAUUAUUAUUUCUAUUUGUUAGCUCCUGCUUGAUUAGUUGAGAUUAUUAAAUAAUACUCCCUUCGUCUGUACUAUUUGGAGUUGAAAUUUAGUAUUUGGAAUGAAAUACGAGUUUUAAAAUUUUAAACAUUCAGUCGGAUUAUAAGUUUAAUAAACGAGUCCAUCCCAAACCUUAUUAAAUUAAUAUUUUUAAAAAUUAAUAUUACAUGUUUAUUAAGGUUAAGUUUCUUUUGAUAGUUUUGAGAAAGUUUUGGUUUGAGUUUGAUAUUAAAAUAAUAUUUUAUGAGAUAAAAAAAAUAUAUAUAUAUUUUUUAAACGUAGAAUCAUGCUUUGAAUAAAUCUCACACUUUGGUCAAAUUUAAUACUUCCUCCGUCCCAUCAAGUAGUUUUAAAAAUAUUAGUAUUAUA